GCCGGAUUUUACCCCCAGCUCUCGCUAGGAGAGGCGCAUCUCGCAGCGCCACAUCGUCGUAGCGCGCGCCGUAGGGAGCGCGCACGCCCCGCCACCCAGCGAAACCGACGCGCGCGCGUCGCCGCAGCGCCCCCGGCCCCACCGGGCCCGCGCGGGACAGCGUCCGCGCCGGAAAUAGCGCCCCCCGGGAGAGCCGCCGAAAACACUAAGGGCGAAGACCAUGAGCGGCCCCUUCAGCCCCUCCGAGACGAGGUACGAAGACAACAAGGCGACCUGGCUGCCCGAGGUCGGUUUUAGUUCGGCUGCGAAUGGUAGAGAAAAAGACGAAAGCUGCGUAUUGUACGAACGCGUUUCAAUUCCCACUGAUAGUGAUGAAGGCGACCAGUACGUGGCUAUCGAAGAUUUACUAUUAUCAAGCUUCCCGAAGGGCGAGCAUCGCGAAGUCAGGCUGAAGGCCUGGUACGCGAGCAAAGGCAACGAGACCAAAGCCCGACUCGUCGUCGAGAAGUUGAGUACACCGAGACUGUUUGAGUUAAAAGCACCGCAACGAGCCGACGCGAACGCUGCUUUGUUAGCUCAAGCUAAAAGGGGCGAAGCGAAGGAUCUCCUAGAGGUAUCGAAAGUCCUCGCGUGCCGAUUCGAUGAUGCUGCUUUAUGGUACUACGGCCAGCACAAAGCGUCCAGACAGUACCGGGAGUGCAAGAACGCUCGCCUAUCCGCGCGACCGCCGCCGUCGCCCGUGCCUAUUGAUGAUGAAGAGUCCUCUGAUGAAGUCGUCACUCAAACGCCCCCUAAAAAACGGCAGCGCUUGCACACGCAGAAGAAGGCCCCUGCGUCUUCAAGGCCUCUGCGACAGUUGGCAGCUUAUGUGGCUUCAUUGGGUGGGGAUUCCGACGUCAUCACAAAAACGUGGGCCGCCCGCGAAGCCAGAGGUGGGGGCGGCGCCAAAGCGUACAGAGCGCCGGACGGGGCGACCUAUCGUUCCCGAGCUGCUGUUGCUCGAAGUUUAGGUUUGACACCGCCCUCGCGAGGGAGGAGGAAAGCCCCGGAGCCUCUAGAUAGUCAUACCGAGCCCGAUGUUGCAUUUGAUGAUGCUGCACCAUUACCGGUCGAACGGACCCAUGCCGUGUCCAUUGAUGUAACGAAGCCUCCUCCGUCAACGAUGGAUGCGUUGGUACGGCCGCCCGUGGAAGCUCUGCUGGCUUCUCGAGGCCGGUCGAUCCGGUUCCGAGGAAGGUCCUGGUUCGCCGGCGACCUCAACGGAGCGUCGAGGCACUGCUCCGUCGACGUCUUGCAGUUGGAAUGCAUCGAUAAACAUCUCGUUCAGAAAACGCCGGCCGAGUGGGCUACGGCUGCUGCAGACAAAUGCGAAGGGAAACUCGCGGACGCGUCGGACCGAAAGCGAGAUCGAUAUGGGCGGAAACCGGUUAAAGUAAGAAGAAGAAACGAGGGCUGGCGCCAGUACGCGUCUUGUCGAGAUGCUCUACGUUCGACGCCCGGACUCACGUCCUACGUGUUGAGUGCCUUGGUGAACGGCAAAUUGGGGCGGGAAGGCCUGCAGCUCGAAGACUUUGAGGCCUCCUUCGUCGACGACGCUAUCGACGACGAGGGCGAGUUCGUCCCGUCACUGCUCCCGAACGCGGUGCACCCGAUUCCUCAGAUACCCGACGAGUUACCAGUACCGGGCACGCUCAUUCACGUCGACGGCCGCACGGCCUACGCGCCUCGAAAGGGCGAGACGCUCAAGACCAUCGCCGACCAACUGUGCGGCGUGUCGUGCUCCGAGGGAAGGGUCGGGCCCCCGCCGCUCUCCGAGGGCGGCAGCGCGUCACAAGAUUUGCUGUGGUUAGCUCAAUUAGAUUGGUCCGACCAAGUGUAUGAGGAGGGGCGCUUAGUUUUACUACCGGAUAGCCAGGACUGGCCCUCCGUCGCCAGUGGAGAGAAAGCGUUCGUUCCCCCCACUUGGGAUACACCAACGGAGCCGGGCGUCGACGUCGAAGGGUCGUCGCGCUGGGUCCACGCCUCCGUGUUGUUAUCGGGUCAGCUGUUCCCCGACAAGGCGUCGCGCGAGGCCGUUGAGUGCCGGGACGCGGCUAGAAUCCUAGACGUAGAUCCGAGACUCUUCCGGCGAUUGAACAACAACGCGCUCGACGCGGACGGCCGUAUUACAGCUUUAUCAGGAUGGCUUGUGGCUCCUGAGCAGCUCAAGGCGCCCUGCGCGUUGUGUCGGUGCCGCGGCGAAAUCCGAGCGUGGCGCUGUCGCGUGGAAAGACGCCACGCGACGCCGCCGUACAACGACCCCGAGGCGCAGCAAGAUGGUAUGAGGGUCAAGGUGCGGUGUACGGAAGGCGACGCUGCGAAGUGGAAGGCGGCCUUGUUAGUAGGCGACGCUUCACAAAAGUGCAAGGUUCAGUUCGUCGGAACCGACGCUAUUGAGGAUGUCGACCACGAGCGGCUCUGCUUCCUUGGCGCGGCGCCGUUUAGAACGCCCACAGCGAAAGAAAAGGCGUGCGCGGGGCGCAGCGUCGAGGUCCAUCUCGGGGGCCGCGCCGCGCGGGCCCGGGUCAAGCGCGUCUUCGUCAGCGACGACGAGGGCCCGGCCCACGACGAGACGUUGUGUGGGCUCGUGGACGACGCCGAGCCGUCGAGGGAGCGGACGGUGCGCGCCGCGGAGUUGCUGCGGGCCGUGCGGACGGCGACGCACGUCAAGUGGGCGGACGCCGCCGAUGCGGCGCCGGAGGCGCCGCCCGCGAAGCGCCGCCGGCCGGCGCGGGCGGUCGCAUCUGCGGUCGCGGCGGCGUCGUAGGAGGCUGCUUGCGGAUUUUUAAGACUUUAAGCUAUCGAG